CGCCGCGGAGUGCUGCGUCACGGCGCCGAGCCGCGCUAGUCUGUGCGUGGCCGGCUCGGGGUGCGGAGUCGUUUCGCCAUCAUGGCCUCUGCCGCCACACACCCGGCCCCCCCUGCUGCCGCCGCUACCGCGGCCGCUCCACCGGCUCCCGCCGCUCCGGGAAUCCUUAUAGGCGACCGGCUGUACUCGGAGGUGUCGCUGACCAUCGACCACUCGCUCAUCCCCGAGGAGCGCCUGUCGCCGACUCCCUCCAUGCAGGACGGCCUGGACUUGCAGUGCGAGACGGACCUGCGCAUCCUGGGCUGCGAGCUCAUCCAGGCGGCCGGGAUCCUCCUGCGGCUGCCGCAGGUGGCGAUGGCGACGGGGCAGGUGCUGUUUCAUCGGUUCUUCUAUUCGAAGUCUUUCGUCAAGCACAGCUUUGAGAUUGUUGCUAUGGCCUGUAUCAAUCUGGCAUCCAAAAUUGAAGAGGCCCCUCGCCGUAUAAGGGACGUGAUCAACGUGUUUCAUCAUUUGCGCCAGUUAAGAGCAAAAAGGACUCCAAGCCCCCUGAUACUUGAUCAGAACUACAUAAACACCAAAAAUCAAGUAAUCAAAGCAGAAAGGCGAGUACUGAAGGAGUUGGGAUUUUGUGUUCAUGUCAAGCAUCCGCAUAAGAUCAUUGUUAUGUAUUUACAAGUCUUGGAAUGUGAACGUAACCAAACCCUGGUACAGACAGCCUGGAAUUACAUGAACGACAGUCUUCGGACAAACGUCUUUGUGCGCUUUCAGCCAGAGACCAUCGCAUGUGCUUGCAUCUAUCUCGCUGCUAGAGCUCUGCAGAUUCCGCUGCCUACCCGUCCUCACUGGUUCUUGCUUUUUGGCAGCACGGAAGAGGAGAUUCAGGAGAUCUGCUUAACAACUCUUAAGCUCUAUACCAGAAAGAAGCCCAAUUAUGAGUUCCUGGAUAAAGAAGUAGAAAAGAGGAAAAUGGCACUACAGGAAGCUAAACUGAAGGCAAAAGGUUUAAAUCCAGAUGGAACUCCAGCACUCUCAACACUGGGUGGCUUUUCUCCUGCAUCCAAACCAUCUUCCCCAAGAGAAGUGAAAGCUGAAGAGAAGAGUCCAGUGUCUCUGAAUACCAAACCCAUUAAAAAAGAGCCAGAAGAGAGGCAGCAAGCAUCAAAGAGCCCUUACAACGGCAUGAGAAAAGAAAGCAAGAGAAGUAGAAGCAGCAGAAGUGCGAGUCGGUCUCGGUCCAGAACAAAGUCACGGUCUCGCUCCCACACCCCUCGGCGGCACUACAACAACAGGCGCAGCCUGUCUGGGACGUACAGCUCGAGGUCGAGGAGCCGGUCCCGCAGCCACAGCGGCAGCCCCCGGCGCCACCACAACCACGGCUCGCCACACGCCAAGGCCAAGCACGGCAGGGAGGAGCUCAAGGGCGCCAACAGACACGGCCACAAGAGGAAAAAGUCCCGCUCUCGCUCGCAGAGCAAGUCCCGGGAUCACACCGAGGCCGCCAAGAAGCACCGUCACGAGCGGAGCCACCACCGGGAGCGGCGCGAGCGCUCGCGCUCCUUCGAGCGGCCGCACAAGGCCAAGCACCACGGCAGCGGCCGCUCGGGCCACGGCCGGCACCGCCGCUGACGCAGGACUCGCCCCAGCAGCAGCAGCAGCCCCUUAACUGAAACCCCAGGUCUCGUUUUCUAAACCACGUAGAAGACUCGUCUCUUUUCCUUUUGCUGGGUCGUUUCUUUUCUGUUGUUUCUUUCGGUGAAGAAACUGUUGUCGACUUUUUUGCACAUGCUACCUUAGCAGUAUGGCGUGGGUGAGAGCCAGGAGCGGGUUCAGGGGGGUGUGUUGGAGCUGUGGAUUGUCUCUUGGUAUCAGAACUGGAGAUGGAUUUCUGUAUAAAGAGAAAAGCAAAAAAACCUACCUUAUUUUUCUACAAGUCAACCGCAGACACUUCUAUUUAAGUAUAGUUAUUUGUUUAAACGAUGGUGGAGACUUUCUUACACUGGUUUUAGUCUGCAUGUGUUAAAAGAUUUUUACAAGAAAUAAAAGACAAAGCUUUUUUUUUUUA